GGAAAUGGACGGUGGGGGCUGUCCUGCCACCCCCCGCGUGGGGGGAGGAGCCGGGGGGAGGGGAUGUUCCCAGAAUCACCGCUCGUCCGGCUCCGCAGGGCGCCUCACCCAUGAGCGCUCCAGCGUCGCUAAUGAAACUCGCUUAUGAGCCGGGAGGAGCGGGGGUGCUGAGCGAGGGAGUGAGCCGGAGAGAGACCCGGGGGGGCCGCAGCUGAGACCCCCCCCAGCAUGGCAGCAGCAGGUUAUCCCCAGGCUACUUACCCCUCCGCCCCACUCCCCAGCCCCCACCCCCCCGCAGUCCCCACCCCGGGAUUCAACAUCUACCCCUCCUCCAAUCCGGGCGCAGGGCAGCUGGUCCAGCCCCAGUCCCCACCCCAUGCAUACGGGGACCCCGCUGCUCAACACCCCCACUCAGCCAUCACGCCCUAUCUGCCCGUGUCCACCGGCAUCCCCCCGGGGCUGGAGUAUCUAAUGCAGAUCGACCAGGUUCUGAUCCAGCAGAAAGUGGAGCUGGUGGAAGCCUUCAUCGGCUUCGAGACCGCCAACAAGUACGAGCUGCGGGACGGGCUGGGCCGGCAGAUCUUCGAGGCCAAAGAGCAGAGCGACUGCUGCACCCGCAACUGCUGUGGGUCCCUGCGGCGCCUCCGGCUGAGCGUGGCCGAGCCGGGGGGCCGCCCCGUGCUGCGUCUCCUGCGCCCCCUCAAGUGCGCCACCUGCUGGUGCCCCUGCUGCCUGCAGGAGCUGGAGGUGCAGUGCCCCCCGGGCACCACCAUCGGGCACGUGGUGCAGACCUGGCACCCUUUCACCCCCAAGUUCUCCGUCCAGAACGCCGAGAAGGAGACGGUGCUGCGCGUGCUGGGGCCGUGCUGCGUCUUUCGCUGGGGGGACGUCAACUUCGAGGUGAAGACGAGCGACGAGGCGCGGGGCGUGGGCCAGAUCAGUAAGCAGUGGGGAGGGCUGCUGAAGGAGGUUUUCACCGACACUGAUGUCUUCGGCAUCCAGUUCCCCAUGGACCUGGACGUCAAGAUGAAGGCUGUGCUGCUGGGGGCCUGCUUCCUCAUCGAUUACAUGUUCUUCGAGAGAGCGGGCAAGACCAGCCAAAGGAGCACGGUGCUGAGCAGCUAGAGGCGUCUGGACCCCCGCACCUCCUGCUCACUGCCACUUACAGGGACCCCCAUCCCACCGCUGACACCAAGAGGGGCCCCCAUCCCAUCGCUAACACCAACGAGGGGUCUUUAUGAAUAGGACAGCGUGUUUAGCGGCCGUCAGGGCUGGUGUGGGUGUCAGGGCAGUGAGACUGUUUGCAGAGGUGGCAAGGAGGCCUGCGGGUGUGGGUGCAUCCCGUGCCAUGGGGCUCGGUGGACAGUGUUGUGUGCACAGCAUGAUGGGGGCUCUUUCGGUUGUAUCUGAAGAACAUCAAGCCCUGGGCCUUCUCCCACCAAGACAGCUUUAGGACCUUCACCCAGACAGGAAACUCUGGCCUCCAUUGGCCGUCAAAUUCCUGGGGUCUUCAUAUCCCCUGCCCCCACCAUGCUGGGAGCCCUUCCCUGUUGGCUGGGGGGUCCCUUCAACACCGAGCCGGUGGUGGCAACAUCCCGAAACCAAAUCUCUGCCUAAGGAUAUUUCUCAUUCUGUAUUUUGUGUAUUUAUCGCUUAUAACAAAGGGUCUUGUGCUGAACCUUAAAGGGGGCUUUGUGGGGGGAGCAACAUGGUGCUUUUUAAUGGGGUUCCCCCCCGGGUUCCUCUGAAUUCCUGAUGCUGAGGGAGGGGCAUCAAGCCACGGUGGAGGAAGGGGUAGGCUUGGCUUGACCCACAGAGGAGCUGUGACCAGUGUGAAAUCAUGCUAACCCACAGUGGAGUCAUGUGGGCCAUGAUGGAUGGAAGUGAAACCAAGAUGAUGGGCUGUUGGCCAUGAUGGAUGGAAGCCAACCCAAGAUGGAGGGCCAUUGGCCACGAUGGAUGGAAGCCAACCCAAGAUGGAGGGCCAUUGGCCAUGAUGGAUCGAAGCCAACCCAAGAUGGAGGACCCUUGGCUAAGACAGUCAUGCCAACCGUGGAGGUCCGUUUACCACGAUGGAGUCAAGCCAACCCCAGAUGGAGACAUAUUGGCCAACGCGAGAGAAGACAAUCUUGGGCCAUUCUAUUGUGUCUUUCUUUUGUGGGGGGAGUGGAUGGGGGAGGAGGUUGGAGGGAAGGUGAGAGGAAGGGGAAACUCCCCCACAGGCAGGAGAGGAGGGGACUGGAUCUCCUGUCUCGACGGAUGGUUUUGCUGGGUGUCCUCCAUGGGGAGCCAAAAACAAUAAAAGGCUAAGACUCCA